AUGCCCUCUCCACCGAGCCUGAAAGUUGGUCUUCGUGUCGACCGUAAGAAGAAAGAUGAUUGUUGGGUGGGAGUAGCGCCAAGUCACCUCAAUGGUGAAGAGCCAUAUCACCCUGGCUCAGAGGCGGAGAAGAAGUUGCUGAGAAAAUUGGAUAUGCGUAUCAUCGUACGUGGUGGAUUCAUCUUUGUCAACGGCUCUGCUGAACCUGGUUGACAGCCAUGUUGCUGGAUUCUCUAUCUACUUUGUUAUCUCGAUAGGGCCAACAUAGGGUAUCACCUCCACCAUUUGAUGUCUUGAUAGCUUUGCUUGCUAAUCGUUCUGUAGGAAUGCAAAGACCGGUGGCUUAGAGAAAGACUUCAACUUGACUUCAGACCAAUACUCCGUCGUACUGCUGGUCUUCUUCGUAUCCUACAUCACCUUCCAGAUUCCAUCGAACAUGUUGAUCUCAAAAGUCAGACCGUCACUCUAUCUACCAGGAUUGGCAGUGCUAUGGGGAGGUGUCGCGGCAUCGAUGGCGGGCACGCACAACUGGAGACAGCUUGCUGCCGUCAGAUUUGCCCUCGGCAUCGCGGAGGCAGGCUUCGCUCCGGGCAUCGCCUUCUACUUGUCUUGUUGGUCGGUCUCACCGCUCUCGCCAUUCUUGCCAAAAGGCUAACAGCGAGUCCAGGUACAAGCGGUAUGAGCUUGCCCAGCGAUUCUCGUGGUAUUAUACCGCAGUCGCUACAUCAGGCAUGGUGUCGGGUCUCCUUUCAGGACUCAUCACUCGAAAUCUGGAUGGAGCACAUGGUAUUGCCGGAUGGCGUUGGCUCUUUGUAUGGACCUAAACCCUCAUAUAACCGUCGACCGCACCGAAGCUAACAGAUCUCACAGAUCAUCGAAGGAGUUGGGUCUUCUGGACUUGGUCUUAUCGUCUGGUCGUUCAUGGCCGACUAUCCUUCUACGACUGCCUGGCUUACUCCCGAGGAAAGGAUCCUCGCCUCCCAACGCCUUGCCCACGAUGGCAUAGGUGACACACAAGGAUCCGAGGAGAGAAUUAAAAAAGCCGUGGCGCUCAAGAUGACUGUCACUGACUGGAGAGUCUGGGCCCUCUCUUUGCUCCAUGUAUUGAUCACUGGAUCACAGACAAUGCAAUACUUCAUCCCUACCCUCGUGCGGAGCUUCGGCUGGAGUGGCUUUGGAGGCCAGUAUCACACCAUCCCUCCAUAUGCAUUCGCAUUGGUCUGCACGCUGGUCUUCUCCUUCGUCUCGGAUCACUAUCAGAACAGGCCACUCUUCAUCUCGCUCUUUGCGAGUAUCACGACGGUCUUCUUCAUCGCCGCCGCCGCCACGACCGGCAACACCGUCCGUUACAUCUUCACCAUCCUCGCUUUCGGUUCCAUCUAUGGCACAGUCCCUUUGAUCAUCACGUGGGUCGCAAAUGUCAUCGCAUACCCGGCGGAGAAACGAGCAGUGGCGCUCGCUCUGGCAAAUGCCCUUGGGAACGUGUCGUCCAUCUAUGGAGUCUUCCUCUGGCCGUCGAGUGACAGGCCACGGUAUACACAUGGCUUCAGUGUCACGACGACAUGGAUGGGAUUGAUCGCCAUUCUGGCUCCUUUGAUGGCGUGGGGAUUCGAGCUAUCCGCAAUGAAAGCGCCUACAGAUCCUGAGACUGGCAAUGCUUCACACGCGAAGUUCCAGCGGGAUGGCGACGAGGAGAGGAGUAUCUGA